AAGAGGAAGAGGAAACCUUACACGAGAUACCAAACAACUGUUCUCGAAAAUGAAUUUAGCUGCCAUGCGUACCUAUCCAAGCAUAAAAGGUUUGAAUUGGCAUGUGCCUUGGGACUGAGUGAACGCCAGGUGAAAGUUUGGUUUCAGAACAGAAGGAUGAAGAAGAAGAAAUUGUGUUUGAGGGCGAAAGUGAUGCUGAAAGAAGAU